AUGAAGAAGUUUGUUGAUACAUUUAGGGAACAUUGGAAAAGGUUUGGAUGUUCUAUCAUGUCAGAUGGUUGGACGGAUGGGAAAAAACGACAUCUUAUUAACUUUUUGGUAAAUUGUCCUAAAGCUUCAGUUUUUUUGAAGUUUGUGGAUGCCUCAAAUAGAACCAAUGAUGCUGAUUUCAUACGCAAGCUUGUAAAGGAGGUAAUUGCUGAUGUUGGUGCAGAAAAUAUGAUGCUAGAAGAACUUGGUGCCAAGCUUCCACGAAUCAAGACAACCGUCAUUCUAGGUAAGAGACCGGUUACAUAUAUUUAUGCUCAUUUUCAAGAAUUGAGCUUAAUGAGGGAGUUGACUAAAGCAGACUUACAUAGGUCUACAAAAACUAGAUUUGCAACUCAAUAUUACAUACUAGAGAGUAUUCAAAAGUAUAAAACUCCUAUGAAAAUGGUGUUUGUGAGUAAUAGGUGGGAAAAAACUAGGUUUGCAAGAGAAACUGUUGGAGUAAAUGCACUUAAGAUUGUUACAAAUAGUAAAUUUUGGGAAGAUGUUGAUUACUCUUGUAGGGUGCUAAAGCCUUUAGUUAAGGUAGUAAGGUUAAUGGAUAUCGAACGCAAACCUACAAUGCCUUGUUUUUAUGAGGCAAUGAGAAUAGCAAGGGAUCAACUUGAGAAGAAUCUCAGUGAAGAUAAUGAUACUUGGGAUAUAGUUAAGGAUGUUUUUGAUAAAAUAUGGAAGAAUAACUUUAAUCAUCCGCUACAUUGUGACGCAUAUUAUUUAAAUCCUUCCAUAUUCUAUAAGAUUCCAGCUCAUAUGAUGGAUAAUGAUCCAAAGUACAUAGAAAUCAAAAGGGGACUUCAUGCAGCUAUGGAAAGGCUUAUAACCAAUGAAGAUGAACUUGAGCUAGCAACAACUGAAUUGUGA